AUGUUAAUGCAGUCGGCUCUCUCAGCUCUGUGUUUUUGUCUCGGCAUUGCAUCUGCUAAACCACACCCAACGGUCUAUAUAAUUCGACACGGCGAGAAGCCCCAGGAUCCAAACGAGCAUGGUCUAAGCUCAGACGGGGUCAAACGGGCACAGUGUCUGAGGCAUGUUUUCGGUCAAGGCUCAGUGUACGGCAUCGGGCAUAUUAUGGCACCUCGUGUGAAAAAGGAUGGCGCGCAUGGACGUUCAUUUGAAACCGUUCUACCCCUUGCCAACGAUCUCGGUCUCACAGUUGACACACAUUGCAAGCGGAACCAAGUGAGAUGCGUGGCAAAGGCGAUCAGGUCCUACGAUGGACCGGGCAACAUUUUGAUUGCAUGGCGGCAUUCGAAAAUGGGUGGGAUUGAGGAGGAGCUUGGUGCUCUUGAGCCUAUUGAAUAUCCGGAUGAGCGAUUCGACCUUAUUUGGACAGAUCCUUGGCCAUAUGGGAAUGUGACGAGUAUCAAAAGCGAGGAAUGCCCGGGACUAGAUGCUAGGACUGGCCUCCGCCAAGAUUUCCUCCCCCCAAAUUUUUCGUUGCGCUUGAUUGUCGAGCUUUACCCUCCAGAUUACAAUUUCUGUUUACGGGAAAAGAUCAUGGAUGAUAUCGAGGAACGGCUGCGCAGCCAUGCGCAGGCAUUUGACGGUCUGCUGUCUUUGAUCCCCGCUAAAUACUAUUAUGGCGAAGAAGAUACAAGUGAUCAAUGGCAACGCAAAAAGCAAACCAAAGAACAAGCACGCGAGGCGAAGCGGGCGAAGCUGAACCCCGAAGCCGCUAAGACCGCCAAAGACGUGAUGGAUGAAAACGCACGCAAGCGAAAGCGGGAGGACGGCACCCUCGAGUCCGACUCGUCCGACGGAGAGUUGGGCACAGAGACCCCUAAGGAAGGACUGCAACGCGGAACCACCAACAUCAAGAAGCAAAAGCAGGUCGAGAAGACUGAUAAGCCAGACGCUGCCAAGGCAGCAGAGGCUGAGGCACGGAAAAAGCAAAAGGAAGAAAAGAAGGCCCAGAAGAAGGCCGCCCAGAUGGAGAAAAAGAAGGCUAAGGAUGCUGCCCGGAAGGAAAAAUCUCAGCAGGGCAAAAAGCCAUCGACUACCCCAACUGAGGAUUCUGAAAAAUCUGCACCCAAGCCUAACGGCAAGGCAACCAAGGACACUGAAGUGUCCGAGGAUGAAGAGGAUGACGACCAAGAGGAUGACGGUGUUGUUGAGGAAGGCUUCUCCGUUGAGUUCAACAUUGAACAGGAAACCCCUUCUUCUGCCCCAUCUACCACCGACUCUCCUACCUUCGAUGCCUCAAAUCCCCAAUCCGGCACCUCCUCCACUUCCUCCAUCGUUCCUCCCUCCGCCUCCACCGAAGCCAAACCCUCAGAGCCCAAGCCUCUCAAGCACACACCCGAAGAGCUGAAGCAGCGUCUACAGAAGCGUCUAGAUGAGCUUCGGGCUAAGCGCCAUGCAGAUGGACUCAAUGGCAAGCCUGCACGCAACCGUCAAGAGUUGAUCGAAGCCCGCCGACAAAAGGCCGAGCAAAGAAAAGCACACAAGCAAGAAUUGCGUCAAAAGGCCAAGGUUGAGGAAGAAAAGAAGACCGAUGAGGCUAUGGCCCGCCGCUUCUCGCCCGGUGGCUCUGGAUCUCUCUUGGCAUCCCCCCGCUCCCCUGCCGAGUCCGUCAGCUCCGCUAGCAACAACUUCUCCUUCGGCCGUGUGAUGUUCGCAGACGGCCAGCAGACUGAUGCCACCGGUACCAGCGUGCGCGAUAAGCCGAAGACCGGCGGUGCCCGUGACCCGGGUUCCCAGCUCAAGGUCGCCGAGGCCAAGAAAGCCCGCCUCGAAGAGAUGGACCCUACUAAGCGUGCCGAUAUUGAAGAAAAGGACAUGUGGUUGAAUGCCAAGAAGCGUGCUCACGGCGAGCGUGUCCGCGACGAUACCUCUCUGCUGAAGAAGGCCCUCAAGCGCAAGGAGACAGCGAAGAAGAAGUCCGAGCGCGAGUGGGGAGACCGCAUGGACGCCGUCGCCAAAUUCAAGGGCGAGCGCCAGACCAAGCGCGAUGAGAACCUUCGCAAGCGUCGGGACGAGAAGGGCACCAAGGGUGGCAAGAAGAAGUCCAGCAGCGGUGGAAAGAAGAAGGCUGCUCGUCCUGGAUUCGAGGGCAGCUUCAAGGGUGGUGGCAAGAAGAAAUAA